AUGACAAAUAUUUCUGGGGAACUUAGUAAAUGGAGGGACUUUUUUGGGUCAGCAAACUCAAAUGUAUUUGAUAUUCUUGAGUUUGCUGUAAGGGUGGCAGCUAUAGAUCACCCAAAAGAGUUUAAAUUGAGAAGGGAUAGAAUUACUGAGCUACUUUAUUCAUUUAGGGGAUUUGGUUGUGACAAUGUUGAAAAUGUUGUACCAAAUGCUGAUAAAGUAGUAGCAAAUACUGUUGAUGUUGAUGGUGAUAAGGGUACAAGAAAGUGUAAAAAUGAGUUUGUUAGAGAGUUUAAAGGUUGUGAUGUUAAAGAAAGGAAAAGUGGUGAAAUGAGUGUGACGGAAAUUGAGGCAUUGAGUGAUGAGAUAGAGGAAGAGUCUCGAGUUGUUAAGGAGGUUCUAUCGAUCAAAAAAAUCAUCGAUAACAAUCAAAACGAGUCUGAUUCGAAUAUAUAUAAGAGCUUAAGGAGGCUUCAACUGAUGGCUUUGUCUGUGGAGACUCUUCAGGAAACAGAAAUUGGGAAGUCUGUUUAUGCUCUCAAAAGGCACAACUCAAAGAAUAUUCGAUAUCUGGUCAAGACGAUUGUCAAGGACUGGAUGUAUAUGGUAAAAGAGUGGGUGGAUGCUCGAGCAGCAUUUACAGAAAGGAACCCUGAGUCUACGAAAGCAUUCGUUGUUGAUGGAGAGGAGGAGGGACUUCCUUCCCCGCCCUUGGAGGACUUACCUUUUCUUUCUACUCAGACCACCUCAAUCGAGUUGUCACAAAUCUUCGAUGGCAUGGAUGAUGAUGGAAAUGUUUUAAGAAGCGCGGACAAGAAGGACGAGCAAAAAAAGAAACAAACAUCACUUGUCAAACCAAACAAGCCUCCCGGAGGCAAUUAUGGGCGUGGAAGACCAACUAAACCAACACUCGAACGGAAGCUCAACAAUGAUCAUGAAAUGAAACUCCAGCAGAAAUCUGACAAAAGCAAAAUUCAAACGAGGCUCGUGCCUACUCAACAAAAUUUCAUUGUUUCGUUGUAUUUGAAACUGAAAUGUCCUGAUCAGGAUGAAGAACAUGUGAAAUUUGAGGCCACAAAGCGAAAGCUCCAAGAGCAUUACCAAGAAGCUGAAAAUGCCAAGAGGCAGAGGGCGAUUCAGGUGAUGAAGUUGCACGAGAUCCCCAAGCAAGGUCGUGGCGUUAGAAAUCCUCAAAUGAGACCCAGUAACUAUAAUAGGCCUUUGGCAAAUAAGCCUCGAUGAAUCAUUUCUUCGCGUUUGCAAGACAAUUAUGUGGAGGAGCAUCAGUCAUGACUCUCGUCUAGUUAAGAAACGCAUGCGUUUUGAAAUGUUGCCCAAGUUAUACAUGAUUUUCCUGUUGGAACAUUAGCCUGCUUUUGCUUUCUUCUUCAUAGAAAUCAUGCCCUGAAAUGCAAUUUGCACAGAAUAACUGCAUUUUCAUGACGUUGGAACUUUUUUGUAUUUCAAAUAUGAAUAGGAAUACAAAAGUUGAAUUUAAUUAU